UCAACGAGAGCUGUCGUUCUUCAGUCGUUCAAUCAUUAACUGACAACGUUCCUGAAAAUCCUCUCACAUCAUGAGUAAUUAUUAAAUAACCUGUUUAGUAUGUUUACACUUCGGGUUCAGCAACAGCAUGUUAGUCUCCAGACCGCCGAAGAAAGAGAGAAAACUAUGAGGAUUAAUGGAGACUAAAAUAACCGAAAGAAAGAUGACGUUAAACGACGAUAUUAAACACACGAAAUUCAUGAAGUUUUUCUCCGCCGUGUUUUACGCAUGUUGUUCGUUUUUCAUCAUCGUGGUGAAUAAAUGUAUUUUAACCCAGUACAAGUUUCCCUCAUUUAUGUUUCUUGGAAUUGGGCAGAUGACAGCAACAAUCAUCAUUCUGUUUGUUGCCAAAAUGAACAAAGUGAUCCAUUUUCAGGACUUUGACAAAACCAUCCCUGGAAAGAUUUUUCCUUUGCCAUUGCUGUAUGUGGGCAAUCAUGUGACCGGACUGGGAGGAACAAAGAAACUGAGUUUACCCAUGUUCACCGUACUCAGAAAAUUCACCAUUUUACUGACAAUGAUUAUGGAAUCAAGGAUACUGAGAAAAACCUUCCCUUCGUCGCUGGUGUUCAGUGUUCUGGCGAUAGUUCUGGGCGCUCUGAUCGCAGCGAGCUCGGAUCUGUCCUUUAAUGCGGAAGGCUACACGUUUGUUCUGCUGAACGACGUCUUCACGGCCGCCAGUGGCGUUUACACCAAGAAGAAACUGGGAAUGGAGGAGCUCGGUAAAUAUGGAGUUUUGUUUUAUAAUGCAUUUAUCAUUAUUAUACCAACUGUGCUGGCGAGCGCUUACACUGGAGAUUUACAAAAGGCCCUUGCCUUUGAAGGAUGGCUGUCUUUCACAUUCAUAUUUUAUUUUUUACUGUCUUGUGUCAUGGGGUUUAUUUUGAUGUAUUCUAUCAUCCUCUGCAGCUUUUACAACACGGCACUGACAACGACAGUCGUUGGAGCAAUUAAAAAUGUUGCUGUGAUGUAUAUCGGCAUGUUUGUUGGUGGAGACUAUAUCUUCUCAUGGACGAACUUUAUAGGCCUGAAUAUAUGCAUCUCAGCGGGACUGAUUUACUCCUACAUCACGUUCAGCGGCAGCUCCUCGGAAGCAAACGUGAACCCGUCCGAACACACAGCGAUCCGCAUCACAGACGACCAUCCCGAGAAGACAUGAUGGAGCCUUACAGUUUGCAUCUCAAUGUUUACUCUUUUUUUUAUUUAAAUCUUGAGAAGAAAAUCACUUCCUGCUCGAUGAACAUACAAACCUGUUCCAUGUUUUAUACCCUUAAUUAAAUAAAAACAAACAUGACAACCAAGAA